UGUGGACUUGGUCACUUCGCGGGUGAAUUUUACGACUAUAGAUAGACCAAGGUGUACCGCAUGAAAUUCCACCGCUUUGCGUCUUGUCAAGUCCCUCCAUUGUCUCGGCACACUGGCAUAAGACACGCGCAUGCACCAUGGACCAACUAACGAAUUUCCUUGCUGAUCGGGCACCCAUCUUCGCCUCUGUUGCCGUAUUGCUAGGGGCCGCCUUUUUGUUUUCAACCUUUACGUUCCAAGCCAAGGGAACGGACAAGAUACCUCUCGUGGGCAAGGAGUUUGGAAAUGCAGAGCAGCGACGAAAGGCCUUCAUCGCCAACGCGCACGGAUUCUACGCAAAGGGUUAUGAAAUGUACAAGAAUGUAACCUGGAGGUUAACCGGCACAGACGAGGAACGAAUCGUACUCCCUCGUCAUCUUCUCGACGAGGCCAGGCGAUUUUCGGAUGACCAUAUCAACAUAACGAAAGCGUUUGAUAAGAACAACGAGAAACGAUAUACCGGACUUGGCGCGGCUCAAAGUCAUACUGACUUUCUUAUCCACCUCAUCCGCAGCGAUCUCACUCGUGGUCUAAAUCGCAUCAACACCAGACUGACCGUCGAGACGGCUAGGACCGUUGUUGAAGAGCUGGGACCAUGCGAGGACUGGACCUCUGAAAUCGUAUAUCAAAAGCUUCUGCGCAUCGUCGCCAUCAUCAGCGGUAACAUAUUCAUUGGGCCCGAGCUAUGCCGCCGCGACGAAUGGACCAUCAGCGCCAUCACGUACACUGUUGAUCUCUUCACGGCAAUCGGCAAGCUCAAGCAGUGGAAGCCCUGGACUCGCCCCAUCGGACAGUACUUCAUUCCUGAGCUCAAGAGCGUCCGCGAGCAUCGCCGCAAGGCGAGGGCCUUCCUCAAGCCUGUUAUUGCUGAGAGGAGGAAGCUCAUGAAGGAGGGCAAGGAUCUACCUGACGACAUGCUCCAGUGGAUGAUGAACAAGACCGCCGAGUUCGGGAUCAGCGAUGAUGACUUGAGCCUGAUCCAGCUUAAUCUCAGUCUUGCAGCGAUCCACACGACCACCCUCACCACGACUCUCGCUCUCUACGAUCUUGUCGUCCGACCAGAUCUCUUACAAGAACUCCGCAACGAAGUCAAGACCGUCCUCGCAGCCAAUGACGGCGUUCUGUCCACCCACGCGCUGUUCGACAUGAAACUACUCGACAGCGUGAUGAAGGAGUCGCAGCGAACAAACCCUGGCAACCUGGUCCGCUUCGUUCGCUACGUCGACAAGCCCGUGACUCUCAGCGACGGCACGCACCUGCCCGUCGGCGCGAUGAUCGAGGCUCCGCACGCCAACAUUGUUCAGGACCCCCAGCUGUAUUCCAACCCGGAGACGUUUGACGCCCACCGUUUCAUGGAUCUCCGCAACGGCACGGUCGAGGACCCGAUGGAGUAUAGGAGCAAGGAACAAUACCAGUUCGUGACCGUGACGAAAGACUUCAUGGCGUUCGGAUACGGACGUCAUGCCUGCCCCGGUCGGUUCUUCGCUGCCAACGAGAUCAAGCUUAUCCUGGCCCGCAUCCUCCUAGACUACGAUAUCAAGAUGCCGGACGGCAUUACAGAAAGGUACCCAAACCUGAACAUGGGCCUCGAUGCGCUGCCGGAUCCGACAAAGGCGAUCCUGUUCAAGAAGUUCAAGACGAGUGCCUAGAUGUAAUUAUAAUUUGUGUGGUGUGUAGUGAAUCGGUCGAUGUCAAUUGAAAGAGAUGACCCUUUCGCUUCGCAAAUAGCUCCUUCUACUCAAUUAGAUUUUCUUUUUAAUAUCAUCCAUUGAUUCCAGUAGCCAUACAAAGACAUAGCUAGAUCAGUCUAGUAUGAUUACGAAGCAGAAAUAGCAUAUGUCGAGCAGUUUGUUUCAUCCAUCGACAAG